CUCGGUAUAAAACGCGUGGGUUUUCCAUUGCGGAUACAGUUUAUGGUGGACUGUCUACCAGCUCCGUUCUCUUCAGAGUAAAAUAUACUCGGACAGGUGCUAUGAUUGCGGUUGAGUCGGGGACGAUUUUGCCCCUGGCUGACUCCACUACCAAUCAACCUAUACCGUCACUAGGAGAGGAGGCUGAUUUUGGUGGUGCAUCGUUAUCAGACUCAUGGUUCAACACCACUGCAUAUGGAUCUAUCAGCUUUGACGACCUUAUGGCCUCCCUGUCAGGGGACAUAAUCUCAUCAGAGAGCGAUAACCUUCUGGAUGCUGAUGGCUCAUUCGCUGAAGGUGGAGCUACUCCGGUUCCUUUUACCUCCCCAGAGUCUCCUGCCUCAUCAUCUUCAAGUGACAGUGGAAGUGACCGGCGACAGAGUAACCCCAUUCCUCGUCACAAGCGGCCUUCACACAAACGUGCAGAGCUCAAACGCCGAGAUAAGAUCAAGACUCGACUGGAAGACUUGAAGAUACAAGUGCCAUCGUUGGCAGACAAGGGGAAGAUGAGCGAAUCAAUCAUUCUGACAAAAGCGGCGGAAUACUGUCGGCACCUUAAGGCCGAUCGCGAGAGGUACACGACGGAAGCAGGAAGCCUCCGCCGGGAAAUAGAGUCCCUGAGCAGAGAAAUUCACUCAUUUCAAGAACGACUUCCAGCUGCAGGGUUGAAAGUCGAAGAACCAGAUCGCAUCUCUCUUGACCAAAUGUACAACGACUAUGUUGCCUCCCGUGUCAAGACAAACUGGAAGUUCUGGAUUUUCAGCUUUCUGGUUCGGCCACUGUUUGAUUCCUUCAAGACACUGGUGUCCACAAACGAUUCCAAAUCAUUCUUGGCCACCUUAGGAGACUGGACUAUCAACAGAGCAAGUCUGUCCAAUCUUCGAAAGAUAAUGCUGGAAAGUGUGCUGCGUAUCAGCAAGGAAACAAGGAUCAUGACGGCACCAGAAGAACUGCCUAUGGAAGCCCUCGCCAGCUUGUCACAGCAGUCUACUCCUGCUUCAUCCCCAUCAUGACAUCACUUGUUUCUUCUACACUCCCUUGUAUAUAGUUGAUGUGCCCUGUAAAGCUAAGAUCAGUGAGUCCUUGUUUGGCUUCAGUACUGUACACCAUUCAGUGUUGUUGACUGUAGAUAAUGUGCUGAUUUCCUGUUUUCCCUUCAUUUUAGUAUCAGCUGGCAGACUAUAGAAACAUGCUUUAUAUUGUUUAUUGGGGCAUGAAGAAAUCUGCAGAGGGGAUUUUGUUUUGGUUUGAAAUGUGUUUAAAAGUGCUUUUAGAUUGUGAACAAGCAAACACCAGUGUCAAUCAUUGUUACCUUCCAUUUGGCCAAAGGACUUAAAAUCAUCAAGGAAAAUUGAAAAUAUGCAGCUGGUCAACAGUUAAGAGCCUGGAAACACUUUGUGAUAUUUAUUGGUAAAUGCAUGUCUGUACAACUUGGACUCACUGGGAGGGCAUUUUGUGGAACCUUUUUCCUGUUCCAACUCUUGGGUAUGGCAGAUGCUCAAGUAUGGCAAGACAUAGUGUAUAGAUGUUGAAUAUGCCGUUGAGUGGUUCAUUCUGUUUAUGUAUUCAUACUGUACAGUGCAUGUUUUUUGUUCCCUUGCCAUCAUAGUCUGUGCUUCACACACGUCUGGCCUUCACAGUGACGUUCAUCUGGCAUAGAUGACUAUUCGUAUAUUGGGGAUGUAUCAGGCUAUUUUUCCUGUGAGCAUCUAGACUAGGAGAGAUGUCUCAUCACUACUGUGUCCAUGUGAUUCCUCUUUAAUUUAUCCAUUUUUUUGUUGUUGUGCAUGUUUGUGUUUGUUUUCUCUCCUAUGAAGCUGAGUGAGUUACUAUUUUGCUAACAUGAAUUUCUCAUUCUAGCAAAUAAUCUGUUGUGCACUUUCUUUCCAAAAAAAAAAACCCCCCAAACAUUUUGUUUUUGUCAGUUUAAAAGUUUGUAUGUGCAUCCUCAAGAGUACGAAUAGGCAUCUGGCAGAUGAAAUACCUGUAGAGGCAAGUGUUUGAAGUAUGAUUAACCCCUGCCCCAUCCCAUACCCCUCCUCCUCCAUUGGCACCAAACAUUGUGUUCAUAUAUGCUGAUUAUAAUUAUUAAUAAUUUUGCUAUCAGAAAAUGGACAGUAACUUUCUCCUGUCAGCAGGGUUUUUAUUAUUAUUAUUAUUUUGCUCCCUUCCCAGUCUAUUUUGCUCAGUCCAUUAGGCAGCAAUAUGUAAGCCAUUUGUCUAGUAAAGUUGGAUCAUUGUUUCAACACUAGUUGGCUUAGGACAGAGCUCAAAAACCGUUUGGGUAUCAAUAUGCAUAUUGGGGAGCAGGUCUUAUUGAAACAUUCAUUUUCACCGGUCUUUUGCAGCUUAGCCAUACAUAAAUGAGCCGCAUUCAUAGCAUUUCCACUUCAUUCCCUGUUGACUUAGUGUGCUGGUGGUGAACAUUUUUUUUUUUUUUAUCUUUCUAUGCAUGCUGCUUAAAAAUUUAAUUGGUUUUUAUGUGGUAAUGAAGACAUAUGUAGCCAUAUGACCAUUUGAAGUGCAGGCUAAAUCUUUAGGGCUUUUUAAAAUUACAUUCUCUCAGAUUUGAUAUUCUCCCCUGAGAAUUGUAUAUCAAGCUUUCUUGCUUUCCUUUGAAUAGAAAUCAUAAAAGCUUUUAGAAAAAGUCACAUUUUAAAAAUUCAUUUAAUAGCUAUUUAUUUAACAACCACUUUGAGCUAAAUGACCAGUUUGUCUUGAGUUUUUGAAAGGCCAUUUAUUUUCUGCAUUUUUUAACCCCACCUCUAUUCAUCAACAUCAUGUUUAAAUAAAAUGAUUGCUGGAUUUAUUUAAACAGUGAGGUCAUGGUGUCUCCAUUAUAAAACAGUAUUUUGUGGUGUGACACUCCUUGCCAUGAUCUCUACCUUUUAGUGUCAGACAUGUAUGGCCUUGAUGGGGUUAACGAACUACUUUGGGAUAGAAGUUUACUUGCUGAUUUGUGAUAAUUGUUGUAGGUCUUGAGAUUAUUGUUAGCAUAAUCUGGAAUUUGUAAGUUAAAAACUGGUCAAGAUUCUCCAAAUAAGAGAUCAAAUGAAUGUGCUCUGGGCAAACUUGGUUUGAAAAUUAUAAGAUUGGAAAGAAACUUUUUGUUUUUUUUGUACCCAUUCUUUUUUGGACUAAUAGGCAGGGUAAGCCUAAUACAUUUUUUAAAAAUUCACUUUUUCGAAACUGUCUUUUGAGCAUGAAACAGCCAUCGUUUUUGUUUCUUAAGAGCUGUUAUUAUUUUGAGCAAACAAGCCAUGAUUUUAUUUUUAGGGUAUAAUACAUGUGGCAGGUCUUGGUUUUAGAUGAAACACUUUGUAGGUUCAAAGAAGAAUGCAGUUCGUGACCUCAGCCAUAAAAUUGCCUCCACUUAUCACCAUCUCAUCCCCACCCCUCCUCCCUCAGCUGUGCUUAUUAAAUAUUGCAGCUGAAGAUUAUCUUUUUUAUAUUGUGCCAAAAGUGCAUAUACAACACCUGAAUGUGGGUAUUUGCCAUGCUUGCACAAGGGUUGGUAUGAAAUACUGUUGUGUACAACAAAUGUAUCUUGAUUGAAGAUAUGUUGAUACUUAUGAUAGUACAUCGUACUGUCAUUUAUCAAACUAGAUUCUGAUUGAACUAGUUGUUUUGGUGUGACCUUGACCAAAAAAAAAAAAAAAAAAACAACCCAAAGUAUGUGUAUGAAUAAAGGUCGCUGAAAAUUGC